AUGGUGUCCGACGCUACGUAUGAGAUCUGCCUGCCACUGCUGCAGGAUGCAACUUUGGGCGACGAAGAAAGGACGGACAAAUUGGAGGAACUGCUGAAGAAGGAGACCACACUUGUUGGCUCUGCCCUCGAAAAUGCUGUAUUGGAUGUUCUAUGGCGGUAUCGGGAAUCAACUACCAGCCCAGCAUCACCCCCGCCCUUGCGACACCAGAUCUUACGUCGCCCUUCGCCAGCGCCAUGGCAGAUUCCCCGAGGAAGUUCUGGCACGCCCGUGAACUCUUCCCCUCGUUUGGGUGUUAGCCCUCUCGCUCCUCCGGGCUUUGUACCGCAGUCCUUCAACAGAACCAAGUCGAGCACCGCAUCUCCCUUUACCUCUCCGCGCCCGUCACCGAGACUUGCUUUUUCCAGUCCAGCUAUCCCCCACAGUCCGAGUCUUCAAGCGUAUGAGUUUCCGACAGACACCAGUCCUACACAAGAUAUAUAUGGAGACUAUGGAAGUGACAAUGUCGACUGGUUAGUGAACGAUGACGGUGGUAACAGCACGCCGUCAUCUCUUGGAGGAGGAGGCAGCGGCCUUAAUGCAGCGGCAGCUGAAUAUAUUCAGCCACAGUCGCUGGAUAUGAGCCCGUAUGAUAUGCUUCGAUCAAUCUUGGGUCCUGCUAGAUCCGAUGAUGAGAUUGAAGCAGCCCUUGCGCUACAUGGAUAUGACCUGAGCGCCACUAUCAAUGCUUUCAUUGAAGGGCAAGGUUCUGAUGCUUCUACUGUGCCGGUCCAAACCAUCGAGUCGAAGACGGCGGCUAUCCUAAUCGGCAAGUCUAUGACAGCAGAUAUACCUCGUCCCGUUACCCCCGCUGGCCAGCAACGCAGCGGUGUCGUUUGCAGAUUUUGGCUUUCCACGGGACAAUGUCUCCGAGCUGACUGCCGUUUCAGCCAUGAUCUUAGCAAUCAUAUAUGCAAAUACUGGGUUAUGGGCAACUGUCUUGCCGGUGAUACCUGCAUCUUCUCCCAUGAUCCGUCCCAUUUUAUGAAUCGUCUAGCUCUGGACGAAAGUAGUACACCCCCUCUCCAAAACUCCGCUCCUGGAUUCCAAUUCUCAGACUACAAUGCAUUUCCCUCUCUCCAAGGUUUACAGGACCAGUGGCCAAAUUCCUAUAAUUCUUCUACCAAUGCGUUCGCCAAUUACCAAGGUGCAAGCUUUACUCCCCCUGGAUUCAAAGGAAUGCAAGGCUAUACAAGUGAUGGGUCAAGCCAAAGAUCACGACCUAGUAGUCGGGCACGGGAACCAGCAGCUCCAGCGUUAGAUGAUACGGAGGCAUUUCCAUCUUUAAGUGCAGUCGCUGCAAAGGGCGGGAAGAAGCAUCACGGCAAACGAGGUGGCCAUGGACAUGGUCAUAAGGAGAACGCGCAUCCCAGCUCCUUAGCCGAGGUAGUCAAGAUGUCUCCAUCUCCAGGUCCUGGUCUGAUACGGCAAGACAUGAAAAAGAUGGGCAGAAAUGGUAGCUCCAGUAGCAUUCGCAAUGGAGAGAACAGCGUCGCGGCUCAAGCUAUCCCUAGCCCCCAACAUGUGCCAUGGCUGGAGACUGGUGAAAAAGCUAAUAAAGCAUACCUCAAAGCCCGUCAAGAUGCAAUUAAGCAUGGCGGCUUGAGGAAUAAGUUUUUGCAAAGUGCUGCUCAAGCCUGGAAUCGUAAUGACGCUCGCGCUGCAAAAGCUCUCAGUCUUCGUGGACAAAGUGAAAACGAUCUUAUGCGAAAAGCUCACAGAGAAGCGGCACGUGAAUUAUACGAAGAGCGUAAUAAGAAUAGCUCUUCAAGCGCCGAACUCUACGUUGACCUUCACGGUCUUCAUCCCGAAGAAGCCGUCGAGUAUCUUGAGCGAGUACUGCUUGAAAACCAAAAGGAAGUUAAGCCGGUCUAUGCAAUCACAGGUACCGGACACCACAGCAAAAAUGGUAAGGACAAAGUAGGCAAAGCCAUCCGCAAUUUCUUGAACGAGUGGCGCUACGCCUACCGGGAAUUUUCCGUUCCGGGUGACCGCAAUAACGUUGGUGGUAUCCUGGGCAUCGAUGCCAGGUCGUGGGAUAAAUCUUUAGUACGGGAUGGACAGCCGACGGUGGAAGUGGAGAAAGAGGAAGUUGAUAUCCUUACCCAAGGUCAUACUAUUGGACAGGGGAAGAUGAAACUUCUUGUUAGAGACCAACCUAGCAAAGCUCGAUAG